UUCUGAUGCUUCAGUGAUAAUGUACAAUGGAAAUGGUCCUGAAGAUGAAGAAACUCAUUGAAUGAGAAGCCUGCAGGUUUCCCUCUGAAGAAUGGACGUCAACAACACCUCACACAACAACACCAACAUGUCACUCAGCAACACCAACAUGUCACUCAGCAACACCAACAUGUCACUCAGCAACACCAACAUGUCACUCAGCAACACCAACAUGUCACUCAGCAACACGUCACUCAACAACACCAACAUGUCACUCAGCAACACCAACAUGUCACUCAGCAACACGUCACUCAACAACACCAACAUGUCACUCAACAACACCAACAUGUCACUCAACAACACCUCACACAACAACACCAACACGUCACUCAACAACACCAACAUGUCACUCAACAACACCUCACACAACAACACCAACACGUCACUCAGCAACACCAACAUGUCACUCAGCAACACCAACAUGUCACUCAAUAACACCAACAUGUCACUCAGCAACACCAACAUGUCACUCAACAACACGUCACACAACAACACCAACAUGUCACUCAGCAACACCAACAUGUCACUCAGCAACACCAACAUGUCACACAACAACACCAACAUGUCACUCAGCAACACCAACAUGUCACUCAACAACACCAACAUGUCACUCAACAACACCUCACACAACAACACCAACAUGUCACUCAAUAACACCAACAUGUCACUUAACAACACCUCACACAACAACACCAACAUCAGCAACAUCAGCAGCAACAUCCGCAGCAACAUCAGCGACAUCAGCAGCAACAGCAGCAACAUCAGCAGCAACAUCCGCAGCAACAUCCGCAGCAACAUCAGCAACAUCAGCAGCAACAUCAGCAGCAACAUCAGCAGCAACAUCAACAGCAACAUCAGCAACUACAUCAGCAACAUCAGCAGCAACAUCAGCAGCUCCUUUGCGUUAAGCGGCGUCCCCUCCGGCUCCGAUCAUCUCCCUAACAGCUCCAUCAGCUUCCUUCAUAGCUUCCCAUCCAAUAAUGUAACGGUCGGCCUCCUCGGGUACCUCGAUGACACGGAGGCUGGACUCAUCCCCGACGUGGCGACGUGCAUCAUCAUCAUCAUCAGCCUUCCUCUCAUCCUCAUCGCCAUCUACUCCCUCUACUCGCUGGGUCUUCAUCUGGAUUGCUCUUCUCGUCCUGGGAGAGUUCAGACUCCCUGGGACUAG